AUGUGGCACGGCAUGCAGAAAGGGGAUGAGCAGUCGGCAGCCCAGGGCACUGUUUAUGUAGGUGCUAGUCCAGGCCUCCCGCCUGGCUGCCAGGCACUGUCUUUACAGAGCUCCACAGAGGAGACAGGGCAGGAGCUGAACGAUGGGAUCCCCUGCCCCACCUCCUUGAAGGACAGGAAGGAGUCCCCUACUGUCAACGAAGUCCAGCGCCGGCUCAGGGCUAGAAAGGCCUCAACCGGGAAGAGCAAUGGGACCUGCGUGGUGCGGCCCCAACGGGCAGAGCUGCUGAAGAAGCAAGUAGAGCACCUGCUGCCCGCCUUCCUAGACGGAGACCUCAGCUAUGUCUCCACGUUCCUGGCCACAUACAGAGCUUUUGCUACCACCCAGGAGGUGCUGGACCAGCUGUUGACAAGCUACGGAUGCGUCCUCUCUUCCUGGGAUGAGAUCGGCGGAGCCCAGGAGCAGCGGGGCACGGCCAUCUCCUCCAUCCUGGCCACCUGGCUGGACCACUACCCUGAAGAUUUUUUCGAGCCCCCAGAAUUUCCCUGCCUAAAGACACUACUGGCGUACAUAGGGCUCAACGUGCCAGGCUCAGACCUGGAGCAACAUGCCUGGCUUCUCCUCUCUCGGCUGCGAACCUUGAGCCUGCUGAGCUGGAGGCCUGGGCAGCAGCCCCAGAGCGAGAUCCGGAACCGCGCCAAAAGCUAGUCCCAGCUCCCACUGUGGUGCCUGCUGCAGCUUCAGAGCCUGAGCUGGAAAAUCCCAUCACUGCUGCUAGAGCUCAGCAACUCAAAAGAGCAGGGACGUCACCUGCCGUGUCGGGCCCAGUGCAGCUGGUGGUCAGAGCUCUGAUCCACCGUGAGGAUGUGCAAGAGUCAUCUGCGCCUUUGGAAAGCCAGGAGCCCCAGCAGGCCCCAGCACCAGCUAGAGAGGUCUCUGAAGGGCCCCUGAUGCCACCUGCCCUGUUGGAGCCAGCGCAGGACACACUCACAGCUCUGACUCCCUGUCAGGAGCUUGAAGACCCACCUGCACCAUUUGCAGCCCCGGUGCCCGCGCACGCUGCAGCACUAGCUAUGGAGGUCCCUGAAGGGCCCCUGAUGCCACAUCCCAUGUCAGAGCCAGCGGAGGAUAUACUCACAGCUCUGAUGAACGGUCAUGAGCUGCAAGAGCCAUCGGCAUCUGUGGCAGCCCCAGAGCCCGAGCAGGCUCCAGCACAAGCUGGAGAGGUCCCUGAAAGGCCCCUGAUGCCACCUGCCCUGUCAGAGCCGGUGCAGGACAUACUCACUGCUCUGACUCCCUGUCAGGAGCUCCAAGAGCCACCUGCGCCCUUGGCAGCCCCGGAGCCCGAGCAGGCUCCAGUCCUAGCUAUGGAGGUCCCUGAAGAGCCCCUUAGGCCACGUCCCAUGUCAGAGCCAACAGAGGAUAUACUCACGGCUCUGACUCUCUGUGACGUGCAAGAAGAGUCACCUGCACCUUUGAGAGCGCGAGAGCCUGAGCAGGCUCCAGCACCAGCCAUGGAGGUCCUUGAAGAGCCCGUGAUGACACCUGCCAUUUCAGAGCCACGGCAGGAUAUACUCACAGCUCUGACUCCCUGUCAGGAGCUGCAAGAGCCACCUGCACCUCAGGCAGCCCUGGAGCCCAAGCAGGCUCCAGCACCAGUUAUCGGGGUUGCCGAAGGGUGCCGGCAACCACCUCUCUCAGUGGAGCAACCGGCCCUGGCCCCGGAGCAGCAGUUCCUGCUCCCCGAAUCCCCAAAGGAUGGCUUCCCCUCCCGUCAUUCCAGUGUUUCUAAUUUUUGCGUUGUUCAUGCACCUAUUUCAUAGCUUAAUAGAUUCUGCUCUAUAAAUAAAGGAUAAAUUGAGUUUUCAUGGAAUUUUACUCUGAUCCUUUUAAAUUGUACAUCCAGAUGUCAUUAGGCACAGAGUGUUUCACAACCUUGUCCUUCUACAAUAUUUCCCUCCCAGAGACUCCGUGCCACUCGUCAGAUACUGCUCAUGCCCUCAGCCCACUCCCUGCAGCCACGGCUCCCCUCUCCGCCUCUGUGAGUUCCUUCUGGGUUUUCAUGUGUGUGGGGUCAGACAGUGUGGCCUUUUUGUAUCUAGCUACGUAACCUAUGAGUGAUUCAUUUUUUUUCCAGGUUUUUUUCUCUUAAAAAACAAACAAAAACAAAAACAGAAACAAAAAAAAACCCCAUUUUACUACAAAGGAAUAUUCCUGAUACAAUACUGCGCAUGUGAAGCCCCAAAAUGAAUUGUGUUCAUGAUCUGGGAUAGGCUUCCCUUUUGUAAGUGUGACCCAAGAGCCAGAA